UGUUGCAAUACAAAGAUUAUCUAUUUAACGUAUUGUUUCGCAGAUGUGGGGAGCAUACUGCUGUCUGUGGCGAAAGAGCGGCGGUGGUGUAAAGGCGAGAAAGAAAGAGAUGAGGAGAAAUAUGUCGGUGUGAGGACGUUUCUUUGUGUCCACGACAGCAAAACUCAUAUCGCCAGGUGUGUCUCCAUAGCCACCUACUAGCCUACUUCUCACUGUUACCACCACUGUCGAGGUAGCAAUGGCAACCAGCGCCCUGCCAAGUGACAACCUGCCAACGUACAAGCUGGUGGUGGUGGGGGAUGGUGGGGUUGGGAAGAGUGCCCUCACCAUCCAAUUUUUUCAGAAGAUCUUUGUGCCAGACUAUGAUCCUACGAUAGAGGACUCGUAUCUUAAACACACAGAGAUAGAUGGACAGUGGGCAAUACUGGAUGUGCUGGACACAGCCGGCCAGGAGGAGUUCAGUGCGAUGAGGGAGCAGUAUAUGAGGACAGGAGAUGGCUUCCUCAUCGUCUUCUCUGUGACAGACAAAGCCAGCUUUGAACAUGUUGACCGAUUCCAUCAGCUCAUACUACGGGUCAAAGACAGGGAGGCCUUCCCCAUGGUGCUGGUGGCAAACAAAGUGGACUUGGUCCAUCUGAGAAAGGUCACAGCGGACCAGGGCCAAGAGAUGGCUGCAAAACAUAAUAUAACUUAUAUUGAAACCAGUGCCAAGGAUCCUCCAAUGAAUGUGGACAAAGCCUUUCACGAGCUGGUUCGUGUUAUAAGACAACAGGUGCCAGAACGAAACCAGAAGAAGAAAAAGAAGAUGAAGUGGAGAGCAGAACGUUCAGCGAGUUCCCACAGGUUCCACUGCGCCAUAUUGUGACCUCCCUCGUCCUGUCUAUCAUUCGUGAACAUACACAUACACACACCCACAUACCUUUUGGAUGUCAGGGAACACCCCGGGAGUGGUUAACUACUGGAGCACAAAGGGGGGGGGGGGAUGUUGACCAUGAAUUGCUGGAUGGAUCCAGGGGGGCGCAAAGUGAAUCUGACUAAUGUCCCCUCACCCUUCACAAAGCCUUGGAAUGAGUGCAGUGCUCUCUCUCCUAAACUUAUGGUCCCUUUCAAAGGUCUAUAGAUCCCUCUCAUCUCUUUUCAAAACAGAACUACCGUGUCACUCAACUGUUUUUCAGUUAAGUGUCAUUUUUUAAAUGUAAUUUCAAGUGUGGCACUAGACGACAGACUCUGGGGGGGGAGGAGCAAGAGAUCAGAAUCCCCUUGAUAUUUGGAUGGAACUUUUGUCUUCUAGAGAAAGGAAGGAAAAAGGGAGGACCCGGCCAUAUAAGGCGCCUUGUUUUUCAUCUCCUAUAAACCUGCUGGUCAUCAUCUUUUCUAUCCUCACGCUCUCACAACUUUUCUGGAAGAAAAGCACCCGUGUGAUCCAAAUUGAUUUGUCGUCUGUGCUCCCUCUUUGUUGAGUGGACAUCAUAAGGGCAUAGCGGAUGGAUGCGAGAGUGAUUUUGUUUUUGGUAUAGUGGAAAUAGAAGUUGCGUAUAGUGGAAAUAGAAGUUGCGUGGCGUUGUCAAUGAGUGAACUACAAGUUCUGUGAGUGUAGCGUGAACUUUGUGGUGUUGUAAUGCUGUUUAAAAAAAAAUUAAGAGUCAGUUCAGAGAGGACAGAAGGACGUGUUGUAGCAUGCGAGAGAAAGAAGUGACGGGAUGCAGCGAAAAUGUGUCAUAUCGGUUGACAGGUGAGUGCUAUGGUUGCAUCAGCUUGUUGAAUACGUGUCUAAAUAGUUUAAUUGUAAAGGAGAGUAAAAUUGGUCGGUGUAUGUGGAUACACUUUAAUAACAGGGUUCAUUCCAACACUGAAAUGUCAGCGGCCAUAUUUUUUUCUUUUUUUUAUAAAAAGGAUAAUUUUCCAACCAUAAAGACACACAGUGUGUCAGUGCCACUUUACAUCAAUAAUUAUGUUUGUUUUAAGUUGCCUCGUUAUCACUGUCACUGGCAUGAUGGGUGUGGUUUUCAUCAGUACUGUAUGGACAGUAGCCCUGAAAUGUCCUUUGUCUUUGUAGUCUUAACAGAUUGUCUUCUAAAACAAGUUGCUUUCCAUGUUUUAGUAUCGAAAAACAAAACAUAGAAAUUUACAAUUUUAUAUUUGUGAAAUAAAAAAAAUCGAAUUACACAUGGCAAUGUUAAACAAAUUCGGUGCUGUUUUACAAAAGGAUCUGUAGGAAAUAAUGAAUUAAAUAGAAGAGAUAAGGGAUAACUUCAUGUUUCAGAUCUGAAGCAGCCUGGAGAAGCUAAAUUUGCACUGGCCACUAACCAAAAUAAUGUGAUGUCACUUUAUUUUAAAUCUUUUCAGACCGCAGCGCUGAAUUCAGGAUAAUUAAAUCAUGCUCAGUAAAGGAGAACACUCCUUUAGUUCGGGGAUACAAACUGUAGCCGUGGGAAUACAUCAGAGUUAGCAUGCCUGUCUGAAGCUGGCAGUGGGAUGCUCCUAGGGCUUAAAGCCAUGUCAGCUUAGCUACAGACUAAGUGUAGUGAAGGAAAACCACACACUCGAAGCAACAAGACAUUCCGGAUAUGUUGUCUUGAGGUGGAUGGGAAUGUACAAUUUAAUAACCUAUGAAAUGGCUUGAACUGUUAACGCACUAAAGCUUCGGUGGACAACUUUGUUUUGUCUGGAUGAAUACCGUCUCUUAGGGGAAUACAUUUUUGCACUUUUAAUACAAUUUCUCACUUUCCUAUUGGCAUGUUGUUUUUCUGUUCAAACCUGUAAGUGAAAGGAAAGGCACGGUCAAAAACAAUUUUGAAUGUAAAAUUGGACAACAAAACAAGCAAAUGGGCAAUUACCGUUGUAGCUCUGUGUGCCUGUCUAUGCCUGUUGCCUUGGCGAUGAUUGUGAAUGAGAUUAAAUCAAUUGGAAUUGAAUCAUUCAAAAAGGUGUUAAUAGAAACGUUCCAUGUAACUUCAUUUUAAAGCUAUAGUGCGUAGGUUAUUGUUGCCUCCAUGAGAAAUUCUAAGUAAGGACAACAAAACUGUCGGCGCAUCCACAUGAUGCAAGCCUUCUGUGAUCACGCACACCCUGCUCCAGGAGGUUGCUAGUACCCAAGAAGUACACGAAGGAUUAAAAAAACAUCUUCAGAAGAGGCUAUGUUAAGGUCAUUCUUAACAUAGCCAUACUGAGAAGUACAGAGAGAGUUGUGUGGAGCUCAUUUGGCAACGACUUGAAUGUAAAGAAAUUCUAUUAAUAUCAUAAGUUACGCACUAAAGCUUUAAAUUUAAGGAGGUUGGUUAUGAGAAAAACUAAAGCUAUGUAAUGGCAUACAAGUUCACCUCAGCAUGAAAGUGGAAAAGCAACCUCAGCAACAGAAGGAAAUCGGUAUUAAUCUACAUCUUGUGUUAAAGGGACUACACAAUGAGUUUCCAGAGAAGGACACACAGGAAACAUUGAAGUACUGAUAAUCGAGCAAUGAUGAAGCAGCAGACUCUGGAUCUUAGGAGGGAAAAAAAGUAAAGUAAA